AUGGCUGGAAUAAUAAGUCCUAACACUUUCAUGACUGACAUAGUAGACACAUUUUACGCAGCGUGGGUAAGAAUAAUGGGUCCUGUUCCUCAUAAUAUCUUAUGUUCUUGGCACGUUGAUAAAGCUUGGCGUCAAAACUUGAAAAAAAUUAAAGGUCUUCAAAGUACUGAAAAACAAAAUAAAGUAUAUAAAAGUUUAAAAGUACUUCAGUCUAUCACUGAUGAAAUAGAGUUCAAACAAGUAUUAGAUGAAUUAGUUUACCAAUUGUUGAAUGAUGCAGACACUAAAGAGUUUGGUGAUUACUUUAAUAUUUAUUAUGUAAACAAAGUUAAACAAUGGGCAUAUUGUUACAGAAAAAACUUGGGUGUCAAUUGUAAUAUGCAUUUAGAGUCCAUGCAUAAAACAAUCAAGUACCAUUAUUUAAAUGGUUGCAAGGUCCAACGUUUGGACAAAUGUAUUAUGGUGCUUAGGCGUUUUACAAGAGACAAAAAAGUGGAGCGAAUGGUAAAACUCACAAAAGGUAAAUCGACUUCAAGAAUAAAUGAAAUAAAAAAACGACAUAACAGAAGUGUGUCUCUAAAUCUCAAUAUAAACUUUGAUAAUAAUAAAUGGAAUGUUGAGAGUGAAAACAAUAAACAUACUUUUUAUUCAAUAACAAAAUGUUUAGAUGACAUAUGUUGUCCACUGAUUUGCUCGGAGUGUAAAAUAUGUAUUCAUUCGUAUCAAUGCACAUGUCCAGAUUAUCAAAUUAAAUCAAUUAUAUGCAAACAUAUUCAUGUUAUAGCUAUGGAGAAAACUUCCACGAAUACAUCAAUUGUAGAAUUAACACCUGAAACAGAUUAUCAAACAUCAAACAUAGGCAAAGAAAUGGAAGUACACAUAAAGAGUAUACAAAGAAGUGAGAGCUCACAGAACACUUCAAUACUUCAUGCCAGAUUUAAGGACAAAGCAAUAAAUUUAAGUAACCUAAUUCAAGGUGUUAAUAAUCCUGAACAUCUUAAAGUUGCGAUGCAAAAAUUAGACGCCUUAACUGCAUUUAUUAAUGUUGCAUCAAAUGAAAAUGAAGUUAUUCCAUACAAAACGGACCAAAAAGAACCCGCUAAUAAAAAAAUCACACAACAAAAAUCAUUCUUCUCAACCAAAAAUAAAAGGUUUAAGGCAACAAAUACUAUAACACGACCAACAUCAGACGAAAUUAGAGAUCUAAACGAUACGUUACUACAUAAAAAAUGUGUGGUUUUAAAAGAACAAGAUAAUGAACAUUCAUAUUUUUAA